AUGGUGUACAUUCGGCAGGACAAGCUUCCAAGGCUCAAGGAAUACAAGUACUCUUCAGUCGACCGCAGCUUGGUGUCGAAAUAUGUCCUCAAGCCGUUCUAUACCAACUUCGUCAUCCACUGCUUUCCGAAAUCCAUGGCCCCCAACCUCAUUACGCUCACGGGCUUCUCCUUCGUCGUCGCAAACUUCCUGACCAUGCUAUGGUACACCCCGACCCUAGAUCAGGAUUGCCCGCCGUGGGUAUACGCGAGCUGGGCAAUCGGGCUGUUCCUUUACCAGACAUUCGACGCUGUCGAUGGCACUCAGGCACGAAGAACACACCAGAGCGGGCCGCUAGGGGAGCUGUUUGACCAUGGCGUCGACGCAUGCAACACAACCCUCGAAGUCCUCCUCUUCGCCGCCGCCAUGAAGUUUGGCCAGGGCUGGAAAACCGUCCUGACGCUCUUCGCAUCGCUCCUGACGUUCUACGUGCAGACUUGGGACGAAUACCACACGCGAACAUUGACCCUGGGCAUCAUUUCCGGCCCCGUCGAAGGCAUCCUAACCCUCUGCAUCGUGUACGCGAUCACCGCGGAAGUAGGUGCCAGCUUCUGGAGCCAGUCCUUGCUCGCCACGCUCGGUGUUGAGAAGCACGGCUUCAUUCCGGAUGCGCUGUAUAACCUUGCGUGGAACGAGUGGUAUAUGGUGUACGGCGGCAUCGUGCUCGUAUUCAACACCAUCUCAAGGCACGCAUAA